AAAAUCCACACUCAUUUCCCACAUCUUCUAGCUUUAUUACUUCAUAAUACCUAAAUUAUCAUAUAUAAGCUCAAAUUCUCAUAAUUAAUAAUUCUAUAACUAUAAUUAUAUAAUAAUGUAUGAAUUACUCCCUCAAAUCAGUGAUUACCCAGAAUUCCAAAAUGCAUCAUUACAAUCUCAACAAGUACCACCUCAAUUUCUGAAAACAGCAAUCUUUGCUGGAGGAAGUUUUCGGGUACUCGAAUCGGCAUUUGGGAGCAUCAAUGGAGUUAACAAAACUUCCACUGGUUAUUUUGGAGGAAGCCUUAGAAAACCAUCAUAUGAAGAAGUAAGUGAAGGGGGAACUGGUCAUACAGAAGCUGUCAAAGUAGAAUAUGAUAGCAGUAUCAUUUCAUUCUCAUCACUUUGUGGUCUUUUCUGGGAUAUUCAUGAUCCCACUAACAAGGACUAUCUUAAUUUUGGGUUAAGCACCCAUGAAAGAUCAGUAAUUUUUUACUCAACAGAAGAAGAGAGAAAAGAAGCACAAAAAUCAAAGAUUAGGAAGCAAAUGAGGCUUAAUAAGAAAAUUGUCACAAAGAUUUUGUCAAGGGAAAAUUGUGAAUUUUUUUUGGCAGAAAAUCAAUACCAGAAAUAUUAUUUGCAGAAAUAUUAUAAACUUUGUGGAAGUUUGGGCUUAAGAAGCACAGUGCAAUUUGUGGAGUCAAAUAUAGCUUGCAAACUUAAUGGAAUAUUGGGGAUGAUUAAUGAAGAACAGAAACUUGAUGAACUUGCAAUUUUUCUGGAAAUUCAGGAGUUGUCUAAUCAUGCAAAGUUAGCUUGUGAAGAGAUUAUUGAAGAUUUAAGAGAAUUGAAAGAGAAGUAAUACACAAAUAUGUAACAAGCAUAUAAUGGUUUUAUAUUU